AUGUCGUCCGGCGGGGGCGACUUCUCCGCGGCCGUGGAAGAGACCCCGGAGGCCUGGGAUGGCAACGCUAAGAGCCGACAGGCGUACCCCUCUCAGGCGCCGCCCGGCGGCCCGUUCGUCGCCGCCCUGGACGUGGGCACGACGUCGGUGCGCUGCGUGGUGCUGGACCGGCGCAUGGAGCGGCGCGGCCUCUGCCGGCGGCCCGUGCGCCUGCUCUACCCGCAGCCGGAGCAUGUCGAGAUCGACCCGGACCAGCUGUUCGAGGCCGUGUGUGAGGUGAUUCGCGGCGCUAUCAGCGACGCCGGACUCACCGCCGACCAGAUUGCGACCCUGGGGAUCAGCACUCAGCGUGCUUCUUUCACCACCUGGAGUCGGGAAACCGGCAAACACUACCACAACAUCGUCUGCUGGAACGACAGAAGGGCCAGCGAUCUGGUCCGAUCUUGGAACGCCUCACUGAUGUUCCGGCUGCCGGCACACGCCGCCUGGCUGCUGCACAAGGUGACGGGCAACCCGCGCCUCCAGGCUGUCAGCGUGCUGCGCCUGAUGAACCAGCAGGUGACGAUGCGCCUGCUUUGGUGCAUGCAAAACGUAGCCUCGCUGAAGGCGGACAUCGCGCGCGAGAAGGCGCUGUUCGGCACGGUCGAGACGUACCUGCUGUACCGGCUCACCGGCGGAAGACUGCACGUGUCCGACCGCACCAACGCCUCCGUCACCGGCUUCUACGACCCGUACCUCAUGUGCUGGUCUGGCUACGCACGCUUCAUGUUCGGCGUGGCGCCGCCCAGUAUGCUGCCCCGCGUCGUGUCCACCACGCACGACUUCGGCGCUACGCGAGCCGACCUGCUCGGCGCCGCUGUGCCCCUCGGCUGCGUCAUCGGCGACCAGGGCGCGUCGCUGUUCGGCGCCAGCUGCGCGCGCCGCGGCGACGUGGCCGUUACGCUCGGCACCGGCUCGUUCAUGGACGUGAACACGGGCGCGAGUCCGCACACGUCGGUGCGGGGCCUGUACCCGGCCGUCGCCUGGCAGCGAGGCGACGAGGUGGUCUUCAUGGCUGAGGGCUCGGCCGGCGACACGGCCGUUAGCGUGCUCUGGGGACGCCAGGUGGGCUUGUACGACGCCGUGGAGGAGACGGCGGCGCUGGCCGCGUCGGUGCCUGACGCCGGCGGCGUACUGUUCGUGCCGGCCUUCUCCGGCCUCGCGGCGCCCGUCAACGACUUCAAGGCGGCGGCCGGCUUCAUUGGCGUGACGGCAGCGACGACGCGCGCGCACCUGACGCGCGCCAUCCUGCAGGCGAUAGCGUUCCGGCUGCGCCAGCUGUACGACAGCAUGCGCGCCGAGGCGGCGUUCCCGCUGCACCACGUGCGCGUGUCGGGCGGCGUGGCCAACAAUGACCUGGUGUGUCAGCUGGCGGCGGACGUGCUCGACGUGCGCCUGGAGCGGCCGGCCGACGUGGAGACGUCGGUGCGCGGCGCGGCGGCGCUGGCCGCCGAGGUGGACGCGCUCCGGCGCGUGGGCCGCGUGUUCACGCCCGACAAGGCGUCCGGAGACAGGCUGCGCGCCGAGAUGGUCGAGUGGGGGCGCGCUGUCCAGCGCUUCGGCCAAUGGUACGCCGACGAUGUCAAGUGA